AUGGCCUCUUUAAAGAUGAACAUUGUGUCACAUAAAAAGGGUAUGUUUAAUUAUAAAGAUGGAAACAUGAAUUACCACAUCAAGAACAACAAAAUUAUAUCAUGCAGGAUCAAAGAGUCGCCCAUAAUACAAAGAAAGAAUUUUUAUCAACUUCUUUCAUUAGAAUCCCAAGACAUUACUUCCGAAGAUCUCAAGAAGGCGUACCGUGCUAAAGCAUUGCAACUCCACCCUGAUGUUUGUCCACCCUCCAUCAGAGAGGAAUGCACUAAGCAGUUUGUGGAGAUACAGGAAGCCUAUCAAGUUCUUUCGGAUCCAGAUUCACGAAGAGCGUAUGACAAUGAAUUGAUCUUGAUUCAAUCUUUCGGAUAUGAUUCAAGCCACCUUCGACGUCGAGAUGAAAACAAGGAUAAAUUUUCAAGGAAUGUGUGGAAAAUGCAACUUGUCGGACUCCAAAAACGAUCCACAUAUCGUAUUGAGAGAGAUCAAAGAAACUUGUUUAGUUAA